AAAUCGUUAUCGAUACACGUAGCUUUUGGUGCUUAGAAGUGGGCGAUAAUAAAUUGCUUAAUGUUUUUGUAUAUAAAAUGGCAACGAAAUUAAAUGUAAACAUACGAACGCUGUUGACAAACUGCGAGGAUCUGGCCAAAAGCGAGGACAACUUUUGGCGCCUGCAAAAGUUUCUCAAAUCAUUAGACACGAUGGUUGCUGAGCUGGCGGCUAUGGAAGAUCCGUCGAGCGCUGCACGCAUACCCAGCUAUUUGGAACGAUUGGCAGCACUAAAAAAAACCACCGGCUAUACGGCAAACAAUAAUUCCAAAGCAUCCACAAGGAGCUCCGAUACAGACAUUGCGAUGCAGGAAAUACGACAGCUGCAAAAUACAGCUAAGCACAACGAGUUGCGUACUGAGCUGCUGCAAGAUGCGGAUGCACUGCGUCGCAGAAGAGUCGUUGAUGAUUCGCCGGCGCCAGGCGAAGCAACUAGCAGCGGAAACAAUAUGAACAUGAACGAAGCUGUCAAGUAUUACAACAAUGCUCAGGAAAAGAUCACAGAGCAUAUGCUCUCGCUGACACGCAACCUGAAGGAGCAAACGGAAACGGCAAAUAGAAUUAUCAAAAAGGAUACAGAAAUGGUCUCCCGUUCCGCGGGUAUGGCAGACCGUAAUAUCAAUACACUAGGCAAGGAGGCCGAGAAGCUCGAACAGCAUUCACGCAAAGCCUACAAAUGUUGGCUCUGGCUAAUGUUUGUCUUUGUUAUUGUCGUUUUUAUAGCCAUGGUGCUCUUUAUGAAGAUCAUGAAGAAGAAGAAGGCGUAAACGAGAUGCUGUCUACUACUCUUCACUUAAGUCGAGUUCGAUUAUCAUAGUUCAACAGGUUAUCAUCCUAAUAGCUAAUGGUGUAAACAAUAUGGGGAAAAGCAUUAAACGAAAGCGAGCGCAAGACGGCAAAAAA